AGGUGCUUGUUUGUGUAAGCCCUGUUUGACAACUCGUUGACAUGGGAUCCGUGACAGCAAAGCAAAGCAAGCUGCUUGCGAACACCAGCGCGCGGAGCGAUCACAUGCCCGUCAAGCCGGAGCUCAUCGGCCAGAUCGAGCACGCCAUUGCCAAAGAAGCUGAGGACGACGGCUUGCAAUGGCUGCGAGACGAGGACGAUGGGAGCGGCGCGGAGAGGCUGCAGCUGCACAAGCAGAUGGACCAAGGCUACCGGGAGGCCUCGCAGGAGUGGGCCAAGGCGGAGACUGCGCUCUCGAAGGUGCUGAAGUCCAAGCGCGAGGACCAGGACGAUUUCCACUUGCCGCCCUGCGACGAUGCCAAGCCGCAGUCUGCUGCUAGUUCUCCUGCUUUCUGCGGAUUAGACCCGGAGGAGCGGGCGCGGCGCCUGGAGGCGGUGCGCGCCGGGGCCUCCGCGGAGAAGGCGCGGCAGCUGCGGUUCCGGGCCUCGGAGGCGGGGAAGAAGCUCCAGGACCACGCCAAGCGCCGCCUGCGCGUCAAGAUCUCGGAGAUUCUGCGGGAGGUGCACCGGCGACAGAACUUGAGGCAGCGCCAGGAGAAGCUGAAGGCCUUCCGCGCCCAGCGGGCGCGCCAGGGCUUGGCCAGCGGCCAGGCCCUGGGGGAUGCGGACCACUUCGCGCUGGGCUUAGGGGAGGACCUGGGCCUGGAGGACGCCACGCCGCGGCGGCGCUGCAUCUUGGAGUCCUUGGGGCUGGAGGAACUGGACUUGGUGCGCAAGGAUCCACGCUGGUACCUUGAGGCGGACCCUGAGAUGGAGGACGCCGGCGGUGGAAACCGUGAGCGUCUGAUCGACUUCUUCACGCCGGCGCGCAAGGACAAGCACGUGUCCAUCGAGUGCUACGCGCAGCGACUGCGGCAGCGGCUGGCGGCCGCUUGUGAGGUGGCCUUCCAGGACACGCAGGACACCGACAGCUGGCAAUCCUUGUUAGGCAGCUGGCACAGCAAAGGAGCCCACCAGAGUGGCAUGCACAGCAGCGGGAUGUCCACCUGCCUGCCAGGGGAUUCCCAGAUGUCCAGCGUCAGCAUCCGGAGGGAGCCGAUCAGAGAUGACAAAGCCUCGCCCACCAUGCAGAAGGUCUGGGAGAAGUACCGCCGGAAGGAGGAGCGGGACGCGCAGGUCAUGGAGGCCAGGCGCCUGGCGGCGGAGGAGCGGAUGGCCAAGAACGCCUUCAAGGUAAGUCAGCAAAUCCGCGAUUAUGCUUCGACACAGUCCAAGUACAAGGAGCUGCACCAGCAGCGGCUCCAGGAGGCGGUGGAGCGAAAAGCGGCCCGGGAGGCUGAGGUGCAGGAGAGACUGGCCGUGAUGGACGAGUUCAAGCUGCGCCGGAUGAGGCGUGCCUUGACUGUGGCCGAUGAGAAGCUGGAGCAGAAACGGGACCGCGUGACCGAGGGCCUGGAGGUGUGGGAAGCCGGUGUGGUGCGCAGCCAGCUGAGAGCGCAUGCUCAGGAGCGGCGAGCCCGGGACGCGCUGAGGGCCAGCCAGGAAGCCUACCACGCCAGGCUGGAGAAGGUGGGUGAGACGCGAAGCGAGAAGACGGAGUCGCAAGCGCAGAAGAACGACAAGCUGAAAGCCAGGAUCCAGGUCUCGCUGAUGCAGCAGCUGGAGGAGCAGCGGAAGCUGGAGUGCGACCGGCAAGCGGUGGCUACAGAAGAGAAGCUGGAAGCCGCCAGACUCCGGCGCUUCCGCGACUCCAACAAGUACAACUUCUUGGAGAAGGCCUUUGGCGAGCAGGUGAAGUUCGACCACAAGUUCUCCUUCACGCCCACUUUGAAGGAUGGCUGGCACCUCAAGGGCAAUCUUAGCUCAAGCGCGCCCACGCUGUGAGCCGGAAAUCAGCGCGAGAACGUGCUGGAACGAAAAUAAGAGGAGUUUUGAAGUUUUGCACCCC